AUGGAGACAGAUGAGAAGCAGGCCGAGAAGGCCGAUGUUCUGCAUUCGGAGGUCUUGGUUGAUUCGGAUCUCAUGAAUGAUGCCUUCGAUGGCGAGAACCGCGAGCAUGAGAUGAGCACUUGGGAGGCUGCCAAGAAGCACCCUUGGGCUUGUCUGUGGGCGUUCACCAUGUGUUUCACGAUUGUCAUGGAAUCGUUCGAUAUGUUCCUGAACGGUAACUUCGUUGCACUGCCCGCUUUCCGAGAGAAGUACGGUGUCCUCGUCGAUGGCAACGAUUGGCAGAUCCCAACUAAAUGGCAGAGUUCCCUCUUCCAGGCCGGUCAAUGUGGUGCUUUCGUUGGUGUCUUUUUGGCCGGUCCCGUCACCAACCGUCUUGGAUAUCGCUGGACUACUAUCUUCGCGUUGAUGUUGAUGAACGCUACGAUUUUCGUUUCCUUCUUUGCCAACUCACUCACUCUCCUUGUUGUCGGACAAGCACUUGAGGGUGUCCCUUGGGGUUUCUUCAUUGCCAACUCCCCUGCCUAUGCAAGUGAGAUCGUCCCGCUCUCUCUUCGUGGUGCCUGUACGGCUACCCUGCAGAUGAGUUGGUCUAUCGGUUCAAUCAUCGUGGCCGCCGCUACCUAUGGCUACAACAAGCGAAACGAUGAGUGGGCGUGGCGAGUCCCUCUCGCCCUGCAGUGGAUCUUCCCCACUCCUCUUCUCAUCCUGAUCUUCCUCGCCCCCGAGUCCCCUUGGUGGUUGAUCCGCCGCGGACGCAAAGCAGAGGCUCUUCGCUCCAUCGAGCGUCUGGGUAAUAAGGACCCCGAACAGUCCCAGCAAGCGCUUGCCAUGAUGGAGCGUACCGUCGAGAUCGAAGCACAGAUGGGCGGCUCCCCUUCCCUGCUCGAUCUUCUCAAGGGAACCGACUUGCGCCGAACAAUCAUCACCUGUUUGAUCUAUGCGUCGCAGAAUUUCGCCGGUAACUUGAUUGCCAACCAGGCAACCUACUUCUUCCAGCAAGCCGGCAUGUCAAGCGACCGCGCCUUCGAACUCAACCUAAUCAACUCCUGCCUCCAACUCGUCGCAAACAUCAUCUCCCUCCCCCUGGCCUCCGCCUUCGGCCGUCGAACCAUCUUCCUCUGCGGCGCAGUCGUAAACAUCACCCUCCUCCUCCUCCUCGGCAUCGUCGCCUCCAUCACCCAGAACGCCGCCACAAACUACGUCCAGGCCAUUCUGGGAAUCAUCAUCUCCUUCGUCUUUGCCGGUUCCCUCGGCCCGAUCGCCUACACCAUUAUCUCCGAGACCUCCUCGGUGCGUCUGCGUGCGCUCAGCACCGGUGUCGGUCGUGCCGCCUACUACGUUGCUGAGAUCCCUAUGAUCUACCUCGCUUCGCAGAUGCUUAAUCCUACCGGAUGGAAUCUGGCGGGUAAGUGUGGCUAUGUUUGGGCUGGUACGGCUUGUGUUUGCUUUGUCUCAGCGUACUUCUUCUUGCCUGAGCUUAAGGAUCGGUCGUAUCGUGAGAUUGAUAUCUUGUUCAACCGGAGGAUUCCGGCUAGAAAGUUCAAAAGCACUGUUAUUGAUGUGAGGGAUAAUGAGUAA